AUGGAGAACGGUGCCAUUUCCCAGGGCGAGGGCAAGGACCCUUCCAGCUUCCUCAGCGACAUCAUCGGCAAUCCUGUCACAGUCAAGCUCAACUCUGGUGUCGUCUACAAGGGUGAACUCCAAUCGGUGGACGGCUACAUGAACAUUGCGUUGGAAAAGACAGUCGAGUAUGUCAAUGGCCAGAAGCGAAGGGACUACGGUGACGCCUUUGUAAGAGGAAACAACGUCAUGUAUAUCUCAGCAGACUCAUAA